GCCGCCGCCGCCGCCGCCGCAGCCGCCGCCGCCGCCAGCCGCUGCGCGUUCGGCGGGGGAGGAGUCGGAGGCGGAGAAGAAGGCGGUGGUGGCGGGUGGAGGUUCGAGGGCUGUUCUCGCUCCGGAGCCGCUGCACAGUUCGGAAUCUCCUGCAGCUUAUCCAUUGUGUGAGUAAAAACUAAAUAACAUCCAUAAUUCCACUGAACUGGGCACACAAAAACUGCCAUAUAUGUCACAGUAUACUGAAAAAGAGCCAGCAGCAAUGGAUCAAGAAACCAGCAAGGCGGCCUGGCCCAAACCAGCAGGAGGAUAUCAGACAAUCACAGGCAGGCGAUAUGGCAGAAGACAUGCAUAUGUCAGUUUCAAACCGUGUAUGACCAGGCAUGAAAGAAGCUUAGGUAGGGCUGGUGAUGACUAUGAAGUGUUGGAACUAGAUGAUGUUCCAAAAGAAAAUUCCUCAGGUUCCAGUCCAUUGGAUCAAGUUCAUUCUUCUUUACCCAGUGACCCUUUAUUUGAAAAAACUGAAGCAGAAAUUCCCAUUUGUGAUACAGCAUUGAAUCAAACCAUUGAAAGCAGUCCAUCCUUUGCUGCAGUACAUCAUAGCGAGGAAGGCAGGGAGACCUUAGGAAGCAGUACGGAUCUUCACAAUCACUCUGAGGGAGAAUAUACUUCAGGAGUUUGUAAUGCUUCAAGUGUCCAAAAUGGAAUUACAUUGGUUCACACUGACUCUUAUGAUCCAGAUGGCAGACACGGAGAGGAUAAUGACCGUCAUCAGCUCUCUGCAGAUGUUGUGGAAGGUGGUAGAUAUCAGGAAGCAUUGGGCAAUACAGUGUUUGAGUUGGAAAAUGGAGAGGUAGAGGGAUACACUGGUCUUUCACCGACAGGUCCCUCUUUUAACUGUGAAUUAAGAGAUGAGUUUGAAGAGGUAGAUUCAGCACCUUUAGUGAAAAGUUCAACUGGUGAUACUGAGUUUAUCAAUCAGAACAAUCAGGAAUUUCAGAGGUCCUCUUCUGAAGAUGAAGUGGUUAGAAAGAAACAACAAAAUAAUACUAGCCAGGAGAGACAAAGAGAAAAUUCAGUUGAAGAUUCAGCCUGUGCUCCCAGGCAUAUUUGCAGUGAGCAAAAUACCAGUGAUAGGGGCAAAAACCAGGGAAGUUCUCCUGAACAGGUAGUGAGGCCCAAAGUUAGGAAACUGAUAAGUUCAAGCCAGGUGGACCAAGAAACAGGUUUUAGUAGGCAUGAGGCUAAACAAAGAAGUGUUCAGAGGUGGAGAGAGGCUUUGGAAGUUGAGGAAAAUGGCUCAGAUGACCUCUUAAUAAAAUGUGAUGACUAUGAUGGAGAACAUGAUUGUAUGUUCUUGGAUCUGCCUUUCGCAAGAGUUACACAGAGGGAAACAGAAGAUAACCAAAUAACACCAGAAAAUGGAGCCACAGGAAGACAAGAAGUUGUGGAUAACACGUUUUGGAAUGGCUGUGGAGAUUAUUACCAACUGUAUGACAAAGAUGAAGAUAGUUCAGAAUGCAGUGAUGGAGAAUGGUCUGCCUCUUUGCCUCAUCGAUUUUCUGGUACGGAAAAAGAUCAGUCCUCAAGUGAUGAAAGCUGGGAGACUCUGCCAGGAAAAGAUGAGAAUGAACCUGAACUACAAAGUGAUAGCAGUGGUCCCGAAGAGGAAAACCAAGAAUUAUCUCUUCAGGAAGGGGAACAGACAUCCUUGGAAGAAGGAGAAAUUCCUUGGUUGCAGUACAGUGAAGUCAAUGAAAGCAGCAGUGAUGAAGGAAAUGAGCCUGCCAACGAAUUUGCACAGCCAGAAGCUUUCAUGUUGGAUGGUAACAAUAACCUUGAGGAUGACUCCAGUGUGAGUGAGGACUUGGAUGUGGACUGGAGCCUGUUUGACGGCUUUGCAGAUGGACUAGGAGUUGCUGAAGCUAUUUCUUAUGUGGACCCUCAGUUCCUCACUUACAUGGCACUAGAAGAACGCUUAGCCCAGGCUAUGGAGACUGCCCUGGCACAUUUAGAGUCUCUUGCAGUGGAUGUUGAGGUGGCCAAUCCACCAGCCAGUAAGGAGAGCAUUGAUGGUCUUCCAGAGACCCUUGUUCUUGAAGAUCACACUGCUAUUGGUCAGGAGCAAUGCUGUCCAAUCUGUUGCAGUGAGUAUAUUAAGGAUGAUAUAGCAACAGAGUUACCCUGUCAUCAUUUCUUUCACAAACCUUGUGUCUCAAUUUGGCUGCAGAAGUCAGGGACGUGCCCUGUGUGCCGCCGUCAUUUCCCACCUGCUGUGAUGGAAACACCUGCAGCUGCUUCCUCUGAGCCUGAUCAUGAUGCCCCACCUGCAAACGGCAGUACUGCAGAAGCCCCCUAAACCUGAACACUUGAAUGAGAUCGGUCUAUCAAAGUAAAUCUGCAGAUCCUUCUAAAUCUGAUGUGCAAAUAAUUAUAUAUAAAUAUAUUUAAAAUGCUAUAUAUAGUCUAUGCCAUAGUUUAGAAAGAGAAUAUUAACCUUUCUAAACUAAAUUUAGGUUUGCAGAAAGUACUAAACAUUUUCAAGCUGAAUGUUGAAGUAGUGCAUUCAUUUUCUUUAGUUUAAUAUGUUAUUAAUUGUAAUGUCAAGCUUAUCAAUUAACUUUAUCCAGAAGAAAUAAUCAUCUGUCUGGCACACAUUAUUGGUUUUGUCUGAAGUACUGCCACUAAGUGAUUAUAAUUAAGCUUUCCUAUUUGCAUCAAAUGUGAAGAUUGUGAUCACAACAGUAGUAAAAUUUGGUUUCGUUGGAAAUAAAAAAGAAUUCUAAAGCAUGCUUUUUCAUUGGUCCCUUUGCUUUUGCUUCAUCAAAAC